AUGCGCCGCGUGCCCCUGUGGCGUAGGACCUAGUCCACUCCCCACCCGCCGCAGGGCGGGGUUUCGUGCUGGCCGACGGGGUCCGGUGUGGACAUGGCUUCUCGCUGUACCGAGGCGGUGUUAGCCGCCCUGGGGGUGCUCAGUGUCUGUUCGGCCAGCAGCUCCGGGUCCGAGGCUUCCGGGGAGGCAGAGAGGGAGGAGCCGUGGGAUGGCGCCGUUUUCCGGCCGCCCUCUGCCCUAGGCGCCGUGGGGAUAGCGCGCGGGCACGGGUCCCCGCCUCCAGGGAACACAGAGGCGGUGGACCUACCCGUGUUGCUGUGGUGGAGCCCAGGUCUGUUUCCGCACUUCCCAGGUGACUCGGAGAGGAUACAGUGUGCGCACGGCGCGUGCGUGGCGUCCCGGGAUCGACGGGCGCGCGCCGACCCGCGGACGCGCGCAUUGCUCUUUUACGGCACAGACUUCCGCGCGGCUGAUGCGCCCCUGCCGCGCCUGGCGCACCAGAGCUGGGCGCUCCUGCACGAGGAGUCGCCGCUCAAUAACUUCCUACUGAGCCACGGCCCGGGCAUCCGUCUCUUCAAUCUCACCGCCACUUUUAGCCGCCACUCGGACUAUCCGCUGCCACUGCAGUGGCUGCCCGGGGCCGCCUAUUUGCGCCGGCCCGCGCCUCCGCUCCAGGAGCGCGCCGAGUGGCGUCGCCGCGGCUACGCGCCGUUGCUCUAUUUGCAGUCCCAUUGCGAUGUGCCUUCCGACCGGGACCGAUACGUACGCGAGCUCAUGCGCUACAUCCCGGUGGAUUCCUAUGGCAAGUGCCUGCAGAACCGCGAGCCGCCCACCGUGCGAUUACAGGACACAGCCACGGCCACCACCGAGGAUCCAGAACUCAUGGCCUUUUUGUCCCGGUAUAAGUUCCACUUGGCCCUGGAAAAUGCCAUCUGCAAUGAUUACAUGACAGAAAAACUGUGGCGCCCCAUGCAUCUGGGUGCCGUGCCUGUGUAUCGUGGAUCACCCUCUGUGAGGGACUGGAUGCCCAAUAAUCACUCCAUCAUCCUAAUUGAUGACUUUGAGUCCCCUCAAAAGUUGGCAGAGUUUAUUGACUUUCUGGACAAAAAUGAUGAAGAGUAUAUGAAAUACCUGGCAUACAAGCAGCCUGGAGGCAUCACCAACCAGUUUCUUCUGGAUAACCUGGAGCACAGGGAGUGGGGAGUCAAUGAUCCCAUGUUGCCUAACUACCUCAAUGGCUUUGAGUGCUUCGUCUGUGACCAUGAACUGGCUCGGCUGGAUGCUGAAAAAGCACAUGCAUCCUCUCAUGGGGACAUUCCUGUCCCCGAGCCUCGCAUUGCCCAAUCGUCGCACAUGAACUGUCCAGUGCCUACCCCUGGCUUUGGGAAAGUUGAAGAGAUUCCCGAGAAUGACAGCUGGAAGGAAAUGUGGCUACAAGAUUAUUGGCAAGGUCUCUAUCAGGGGGAAGCUCUCACUGCCAUGAUCCACAACAAUGAGACACAGCAGAGGAAAUUUUGGGAUUAUGUACAUGAGAUGUUCAUGAAACAGAAUAAAAAUCUCUAACUGCCUUCAUGCAAGAGCUGUUAGCUUGGAUGACUUAAGAAGACUGCUUUCCUGUGGUACCUACGGCACAUCCACCUUUAGUGAAUACGCUCUACUAUAGACUGAUGUUUUCACUGUUGUCUUGCCCUGUAUUGGGGACUGGAACCUUGGAUUCUGAGAAUACUAGGCAAGUACCCCUAGGCCUUCUCCACCUGAAUGGUAUGGAGCUAGUAUCUCAGCCCGUGGUAAGAUAGCUUCUCCUUAAAGAGAAGCAGAAGCCAGAAGUACCCAUUUGAUGACUCAAGUACACUUCUCAUGUCUGUAGUCAUUUCAUCAUUUUAAAUAUGGGCAGGAUGGUUCAGGCUAUGAUCUAUAAAACUUCUGUUAUUUAGUACCUUUAAAUAGUGUCCAUUCCUCAUCUUAUCAGCCGGUACACUGGUGGGGAGGCAAAGCCUUGUGUCUGGGUGUGUUGUUCCAUUUUUCUGCCUUUUUCUCCAUUUUGAGAUAGGUCUUACUACAUAGCCCAAGCCAGCAUCCAACUUCUAGGCCUAAUUGACAAUCCUGCCUCAGCCUUUAAGUAGCUGGGGCUACAGGUAUACACUAUGCCCAGCUCUUCAAGUUACUUUAAAAAACACUUGCGCUGUCUUUAAUAUCAGAUAUCUUUUAAAUAGCUUGCUCUUUCUGGCUUUAGGUGAUUUCCCACAAACUGGAAAGACUGACAAACAUUUCCAUCAUUCUUACUGCUUGGUUUUCUUGUUUAGGGUAUAGUUGGAAUUCUUUCUCUUACGAACAGACAAGUAGCUAAUGUUGGCAUGAUGUCAGUUCAGUGUACUGCCUUGUUCUAAGGUUGGAAAGCACCAUUCAGCCCAUUACCCAAAUUCUCUCACGUUCUUCCAGAUAACUUUUAUGGUGCCGAGUCACUGUCUUUUUGUUUUUGUUUUUGUUUUGUGGUUCUGGGAAGGCAUGCAUUCUAUAAAUUGAGUUAUAGCUUCAACUCUAAUACUGAGGGUUUUUUUUUUGUGUAUAUGUGGUUUUUUUUGUUUGUUGUUGUUUUUUAAUAAAGCCAGCCCAAGGCCCCCAGUUCAAACAGACUGAAGAAAGCAAGGGAUUUAAGUCACUCUUAGGAGGCUAGCUAAAUAAAAACUUUAGAUUUGGGGUUGGAGAGAUGGUUCCACUGUUAAGAGCACUGGCUAUUCUUCCAGACGACCCAAGAUUGAUUCCUAGCAUCCACAUAGAGCUGACAACUGUCUGUAACUUCAGAUCCAAGGGUAUUACAUAUAUAUUCAAGCAAAACUCCCAUAUAUAUCCACAACAACCAAAACUGUAGGUUUGGAGAUACAGAUGAACUGCCUACUGCUUACGUGGAGCUUUUUCUGGGGCAAUUAGAAAGAAUGCCUUGGACCUUAGAGCUAUGCUUAUCGUAUUGGUGAAUUAUCACUUGAGAAGUCUCUUGGUUUAUCAAUGCAUCUGACUGAAAACUACAGAUAUCUCUGAAUCCAUGUCUAUACAGAUAGAUACAUACAUGCAUGUUAGAUGCUUUCAGCAGCCAGGCUUCAUGGUUAAUACUGUGAUAUCUAAGGAUGUGACCAGGUUGGAAUUACAUUGCUAAAGUUUUGUUUUUCGUUGUGUGUUGUUGGAGAUGGAUCUCAAGGCUCUGUGCAUGCUAAGCAUGUGCUCUGUCUGGCUCUGCCUCUGAGUUAUGUCCCCAGAUCUUUAUUUUGUUCUUUAGUUAAAAAUAUCUUCAGUAGUAGCAUGGAAAUUGCUUAACCUAUUUUGUUUGUUUGUUCUUGUUUUUUUUUCCAGAGAACAAGAUGUUAAAAAAAAAAAGUUAAAAUUUAUAGUAGAGAUGAGCGUGGUUGUGCAUGCUUUCAGUUUCAGUAUCCCAGCACUCUGGGAGGCAGAGACAGGUUGAUGGAGUGUUCCAGGCUAGCCAGAGCUCUAUGUUGAGACCCCUCUCAAUAAAUAAAUAAACAUAAAUAAAUAUCAUAGUAUAAAACAAGUCAGAGGGUUUUGAUUCCCAAUCAAGUCAUCAAUUUCAGUGCAGGUGCUGAUUUCUACAGCAAAGUAUUAUACAAGCACAAGCCUCAGCACAGAACUCAGUGUGCUGUGCAACAGGAAGGGUAAGUGAUGGUUAUGCAGGUGCAGGGUCUUGUCCAUUCCACCACCUCUCGCCAACACUCACUUCUCUAGGACCUUUAUGCAAAGUGAGCGUGCUGUUCAUGAAUGGUUGUUGCUGGAGAAUCAAGCCUUCGUUUUGCUCAGUGCUUCCCAGACUCUUUUAUCCCUCUCAUUAUGUAAAUAAUCAUAAAAGACCAGGGCAAAUCGGGUGCUCCAUUUUCACAAGGGAAAGAACUAUGAAUAACCGCAUAGUACCUAUACCAGUGAAAAAGCUUUACUCUCAUAAAAACAGCAACAAGAAGUUUUUCAGAUUUGCGGCUCAGCUACAAGGCAUACAGCACCAUCACUUGCUGCAGGUUAUGGGUACCUGGUUACUCGAGGUAGAGGUCUGUAAUAGUCUUUUAUUUACUACCGGAGUAGGGAUAGAACACAAGGCUGGGCAAGUGUUACUAUGUUUAUUUUAUCAUCUCAGGUUUCGUUUUAUAUAAUAAACUGAUUUUUCCAGUGUCUUCUACCUGGUUACUUUAUUACACUUGUUGAUUAUAUGUAUGUGUGUAGUAGCUUGUACUACCCUGUACUUGUAUGUAUCAGAAGAGUCCAUUUUCGUUCUGCCAUGUGGUCUCAAGGACUGAACUCCUAUCAACAGACUCAGUGGCAGCACCUCUAUUCACCAAGUGAGCCAUUUUGCUGGCCUGUAUUUACUUAUUUGGGGGAUUGAGGUAAUAAAAUUGGAGACUUGUAAAAAAUAAUG